AUGACUGUUGAGGCACUCUAUGACCUCGUCAUCCUCCAGGCGACGCCUGGUGGCAUUACGGCAGCUAUCGAAGCGGCGCGGCUUGGUAAGACGAGUAUCAUUCUUGAGCGCACCGCCUUUAUUGGCGGUCUUCCGGCCAACGGCCUUGGUGCCACCGACAUUGCCACCCGCGGCGCAACUGGAGGUCUAUUCCUCGAGUUCGUGCGCAGGAUCAAAGCCUACUAUGUCUCGACAUACGGCGCCGACUCGGCCCAAGCUAAAGAUUGUUCCGAUGGGUAUCGCUUUGAGCCCCGCGUCGCUGAGCAAAUCUUCCAUGACUGGCUGGCGGAAUACCCUCGGAUCAAGAUCGUGACCAGGCGGCAAUUCGACUUCGAGCCCGAGAACGUCCAAUGGGAUGGAGACAGGAUCUCGGCUGUCCAGGUGACCAACCUGGAUACAAACCAGGUGGAAACCGUCCCCGGUCGUUUCUUCUUGGAUGCCUCUUACGAGGGCGACCUCAUUGCUGCUGCCGGGGUUCCGUUCUUCGUUGGGCGGGAGGGCGUUGAGGAAUACAAUGAGAUCGGGGCUGGAAGGCUCUACAAGCUGUGGAAUGGACCUGAGUGCGCUGGAUCCACUCAUGCCGGUGACAACGCGGUUCAAGCCUUCAAUUAUAGGCUUUGUGUCACGGAUGACCCUCAAAACCGUGCUCCUAUCAAAAGACCAGAGAACUACAACCGGGCUGAGUUCGUUUCGUUGAUACACGACGUCAGAUCGGGCCUCCACACAGGUGUCGAUGUCCUGGAAUGCACAGAAGAGAUGUUUGCCGAAAACCUGAAGCGAGCGGACCGCAACGAGUUGCCCAUCCCGCACAAGCUCGACGGUAUUCGACGUCUCUUGAGCAACUGCAAACUGCCAAAUGCGAAGUGGGACGGCAAUAACCAACACUUUGCUUUUAUUUCUACGGAUCUGCCCGAGGAAAACUGGCCCUACCCUACAUCCAGCUGGGCGUGGAGAGAUGCGUUUGCCAAGCGCCUACGCGAAUACACCGAAGGCCUGCUUUACUUCGCGCAGACCGAUGAGGCGCUACCCCAAUGGUUUCGUGAUGCAUGCAGCCAGUGGGGCUGGGCUGCGGACGAAUAUGUGGAAAACGGACAUUUCCCGCGCCAGUUGUACGUUCGCGAAGGUCGCAGGAUGAAGGGCAAAUACAUCUUUACGGCCAACGACAUGCAUGUGCUGGUGCCCCGGCACCCGGACGGUGUGGUCAUGCACGAUGGGACGACCAAGGGCCGAGUGGACGAUAACUCCAAAACAAGACGGCCUUCUGUUCAGAAAGACAGCAUCACGGCCAGCCACUAUGCCCUCGACUCGCAUGCCGUGCGCAAGCGUGAGCCUGGCCGUGUUCAUCUAGACGGCUUCUUUAGCUACCGUUGUACGCCGUAUCCUGUGCCGUACGGCGUGAUGGUCCCCGAUGCGCCAGUCAGCAACCUCCUUGCCCCAGUCCCCGUCUCGGCUACUCAUAUUGGUUUCUCCACGCUACGUAUGGAGCCGUGCUGGAUGGCUCUUGGACAGGCAGCUGGUGUUGCCGCUUGCCUGGCUCUGGACGCAGGCGUCGCCGCGGAACAUGUCAGCAUCGAGAAGCUUCAGCAGAGGUUGCUGGACGAGGGAGCAGUGCUGGCGUAUGAUAAGAAAUUGUGGGCGUCAGGCGUUGACGACGAAGCAAGGAAGGCUAUGCAGUUAGAAACGCUGCAGACAUCGUGA